AUGGAGGACUCUGAAUCUGCAAACCCCCAGUUUCUGGCAUGGGUCAAGGAGUGGCUUGAUGUUGCUAGAGAACGGAAUUCCAAAGGCUUCACGGCGUAUCGGAAUGCUUAUGAAUCUCUCAAAGCGUGUCCCAUUGCGUUUGAGCAUCCCGCAUCGCUUCAGCAGCUUAAAGGGUUUGGUCCCAAGCUCUGCGAACGCCUCGAGGAUAAACUGAAGCAUCACUGCCAACAAAAUGGGCUACCCAUGCCAGAGCAUCCCCAAGUGAAAAAAGCCAAUGAAAGAGCGCUCAAUGAACAAGCAGGAAAUGAUGAUGAUGCAGGGACAAGGCCCAAGAAGAGAACAAGGCAGCCCAAGGCAUAUGUCCCUGCAUUUCGAUCGGGAGCCUACGCCCUGAUACUAGGCCUUUCCAACCUUCCAGAGGAUGUAUCCUCUAGCUUGACCAAGGCAGAACUUAUAGAAGCUUCCCAGCCGCACUGUGACGCUUCCUUCACUGCGCCGAGUGACCCGACAAAGUUUUACACUGCUUGGAGCUCAAUGAAGACUUUGAUUCAGAAGGAGCUUGUUUAUGAGAGAGGGCGGCCUCUGCGUCGGUAUGCAUUGACAGAUGAAGGGUGGGCCGUGGUGAAGAGAAUCAAGGAGACGGCCCAGUGGCAGGAAGAAAAUGGUGCCAACGAACAGCAAAACUCAACACGUCCACCACAACCGUCAGUCGCAGCAGCAGAUCAUGCCUUGACCCUGGAUACAAGGGGCACCCAACCGACAGUUGACGAGCAUUCAUUCUAUCAAAAUGUUGUUUCAGAUGGCCCUGUCGUUCUGGAGGAUGACGAUCUACCUAGCUUCACCCCGAUUAGGAUUCCACCAGGGUCCUUCACUGUUCACUUGGUGUUGGAUGUCCGCGAGGUCCGGGCGAAAACAGAUCGCGACUAUAUGCAGGAGGAAUUGGUCAAACAAGGCGUAAAACCAAUAAUGAGAAGCCUAGAAAUUGGCGAUGUCCAGUGGAUUGCCAAGUGCCACGACUCGACGCUGCUAUCGAGACAUGGCGCAGAAGGAGAUGAGAUUGUCCUAGACUGGAUCGUUGAGAGAAAACGUCUAGAUGACUUGAUUGGAAGUAUAAAAGACGGCCGGUUUCACGAGCAGAAAUUCCGGCUGAACAGGGCUGGCGUGAGAAAAGUCGUCUAUCUCAUUGAAGAAAUCUCGAUGGAUUCUGCCGCAUACCAGCGUUAUGAAGAAGCGGUGCAAUCAGCCAUUGCGUCGACGCAAGUAGUUAAUGGCUAUUUUGUGAAACGAACACAAAAGAUGGACGACACCAUCAAGUACCUGGCCAGGCUGACCACAAUGCUCAAGCGCACUUAUGAGAAAAAUCACUUGAAUGUUAUCCCGACAAAGGUGAUUACUGCGCAAAAUUACUCGCGUCUAGUCCAACACCUCCGCGAGAAAGAACCCACGGUGGCAUAUCACGUUACAUACCCGGCUUUUGCGUCCCUGGCUUCCAAAUCAGAGACGAUGACUCUCAGAGACGUCUUUCUCAAGAUGCUCAUGACCACCAAAGGACUCACAGGAGAGCGUGCACUUGAGAUUCAACGCAAAUGGAAGACGCCGUAUGACUUUGUGAAAGCAUUUGACGCCUGCGGCACAGAUGAACAAGGCAAGAAGCGCAAGAGAGAUCUCGUGGCCAACGAAUUGAGCCACUUAGUUGGACGCAAAAAAAUGUCCAAACCUCUGAGUCACAGAAUCGCCGAGGUAUGGGGCGGCGCCUAG